AUGUCUUUUUUUUCUUCUGCCGUCUUCUCGAAUAGGGCCUCAAUAUCCAUUCUUGUUCAUUCAAUUAUAAUCAGACACGUACGCAAGAAAAAAAAAUGUUUCAAAUCAAUACUUAUGCUUCUUCAAUAUAGCAACGUCGACUGUGCAGACACAUCACCAUACCCAGUUCACUAUCUUACUCAGUCACGGAACGUGGUGACAGCCGACACUCAGUCAGUCACGGAACGUGGUGACAGCCGACACUCAGUCAGUCACGGAACGUGUGACAGCCGACACUCAGUCAGUCACGGAACGUCAGCCGACACUCAGUCAGUCACGAACGUGGUGACAGCCGACACUCAGUCAGUCACGGAACGUGGUGACAGACACUCAGACACGGAACGUGGUGACAGUCAGUCACGGAACGUGGUGACAGCCGACACUCAGUCAGUCACGGAACGUGGUGACAGCCGACACUCGCAGAAUGUAGAGAAACAGCGUGUAACCUAA